UAAGCAAGCUGGGAACCAGAUCCGUCCCUCCCGUAUCAGACGGGUCGGGAUGGAUAAAUCUUUCUGCCCAAGGUAUGGAAGUUAGCUUUUGAUCUCUUCUCCCCUUCCCGAGUCACAGAAGCAGAGAGGGAUGAGCAGAGAGCACUCUCUUGACCAUAAAUGAAUGCAAAAGGAGAGCUGUGAAUCGUCACUGUGUGGGCCCAAAAAGGCAGGUCACUGGGAGUUACCAGAAAAAGCUGCUUACCACCCUUUUUCUUGGGAAAGAGAAAGCAACGGGCUGCUUUUGAGUCUGUGACUCGUCCUUCCAGCAAGAAAGGUCUGCAGCUACAACGCUGGGACGUUGGAGGCGGCUGCUUCUGUUCAGGCUUCUUGCAAAUGCAAAGCUGAUGGACUGACAGCCGGGGCACAGAUUUUGUUCGGGUUUUAUCUGCGCAGGAUUUGGCCUAGGUGUCCCGGCCCCUGCCGAGCAUGGAAGCUGCAGAAUGGCACCACUCGGGGUUCUUGCUCGAGAGCAGCAGGAUGACUCAAAGGAAACAGCCCCCUCACAUCAGAAGGACUUCCAAGAUGCGACACGACGCUUGGGCUUCAACGGUGGAGCAGGAGGCUGGCGAGAGCCACCAGGCAACCAGCAGAGUGGGGUGCGUUCACGUGUCUGCAAGAGAAAUACAACUGAACCGAAGCCCGGGUGAGAGAGGAACAGCUGGGUGGUUGGCGGAGCCUGAAUGGAGGGCCCUCGGUGCGCAGAUGGGGCAGGGCGCGAUGCAGGUGUUCCCAAAGCUGUGCUCGGAAGAAGGCAGGAAGGUGACUGCUCUUUUGUACAGACUGGAGGAAGCAGAACUCAGCAUCGUCACAACCCAAGGAGAAUUCCACCCGUUUGACUUUCCAGCAUCUGAAAGGAAAAGGGAAAUGACAGAUCACAGCUGGCCCCUGGUUCAGAUAAAUAACUUUGGCCGCCAGCAAAGCUUGGAGAGAGAGGCUGCAGGUGGGAGCAGAGAGAUGACCAGCGCUCUCCAGGGGACCCUGAGGCAGCCGAUAACGCGGUCGGAUUCGGAGAGCAGCACCGAAAGCAGGCAAGUCAACAAGCUCAUGCUGAACUCCCCUGGUGAUGAAAACAAGGCCGGGAUCCUGAGCUGGCUGGAUUUUUCUGAGGGGGGGCACAAUGGAGAGACGGGGAACCCACCAGUGCAAAGUAGGCAAGAAAUGGAAGAGCAAGCCCCCAGCGACCCAGGAGCAGUCACUGAGCCAACGGCUGAUGGUCUUCCUUGGCCGGCCAGAGCUCCCAAUGGCUGCCACGCGGGUCUUCGUGGUGAAGAGGAGAAGCCAGAGGCGUCUGAGAGCAACAAGGUGGGCAAGGCCCUUGAGAUGAAAAGGUCCACUGCUCUCAGUCUUGCUUUGGCUUUUCCCCAGGCUAGGAAACCUUCCAAGCAAAUCCACAGCAAGUCCCCUGACAGUGAGGAAGAUGCAGGGCUCUGGAGUCAACCAGGAUUUGAUUCCAGUAGCCCGGUGGAUAGUUUGCAGAGCCCUGAAACCGAAGCACCACUAGUGGAGACCUCCAAGUCUACACCUAGCAUGGUUGUGAUGCUGCGGUCCCCCUCUCGUGCUUCCAGUGAAGAUUGCCAAACUCCUGGAGAAACAGCCUGGGAAGAUGAGCACGUUUUGUCACAGCAGCAAAGAAAGAGAGCAAAGAAACAAGAGGAGGAAAGGUCUCUUAAAGUGGCUGAUGUGAAGAAGACGUUUGAAAAGCGGAAGCCGGCAGCAGAGAAGGCCAUGUCACCUGCUAGAAAAGAAACAAUGAGACGAGUGGUACGACAGAGCAAGUUUCGGCACGUGUUUGGUCAGGCAGUGAAAAAUGACCAAUGUUAUGACGACAUUCGAGUUUCCCGGGUUACUUGGGAUAGUUCGUUUUGUGCAGUCAAUCCCAAAUUUGUCGCAAUCAUCAUAGAAGCGAGUGGGGGUGGUGCGUUCCUGGUUCUGCCUUUACACAAGACAGGUAGAAUUGACAAAUCGUAUCCCACAGUGUGCGGCCAUACCGGACCAGUGCUGGACAUCGACUGGUGUCCCCACAACGAUCAAGUGAUUGCCAGCGGCUCAGAAGAUUGCACGGUGAUGGUCUGGCAGAUCCCAGAGAACGGUCUCACACUGUCCCUGACAGAGCCUGUGGUCAUCUUAGAGGGCCAUUCCAAAAGAGUGGGCAUUGUAGCCUGGCACCCCACCGCCCGCAACGUGCUGCUAAGUGCAGGCUGUGACAAUGCCAUCAUCAUCUGGAACGUGGGGACCGGGGAGCCCCUCAUUAACCUGGACGACAUGCACCAAGACAUGAUCUACAACGUGAGCUGGAACCGCAACGGCAGCCUCAUCUGUACGGCUUCCAAAGAGAAGAAAGUCCGUGUGAUUGAUCCCCGGAAGCAAGAGAUCAUCGCGGAGAAGGAGAAGGCGCAUGAAGGAGCACGGCCAAUGCGAGCCAUCUUCCUCUCGGACGGGAACGUUUUCACCACCGGGUUCAGCCGCAUGAGCGAAAGGCAGCUGGCCCUCUGGAACCCCAAAAAUAUGGAAGAGCCCGUGGCCCUCCAUGAAAUGGACACCAGCAAUGGUGUCCUGCUACCCUUCUACGACCCCGACACAAAUAUCCUUUACCUGUGUGGGAAGGGCGACAGCAGCAUCCGUUACUUCGAGAUCACGGACGAGCCCCCCUACGUGCACUACCUCAACACCUUCAGCAGCAAAGAGCCCCAGAGAGGGGUGGGCUUCAUGCCGAAAAGGGGCCUGGAUGUGAACAAGUGUGAGAUCGCCAGGUUCUUCAAACUUCACGAGAGGAAGUGCGAACCGAUUAUCAUGACCGUCCCUCGGAAGUCUGACCUCUUCCAGGAUGAUCUGUAUCCCGAUACGGCCGGGCCAGAAGCCGCCCUGGAAGCCGAGGAAUGGUUUGAGGGGAAGAACGCCGACCCCAUUCUCAUCUCCCUGAAGCACGGGUACAUCCCAGGGAAGAACCGGGACCUCAAGGUGGUCAAGAAGAACAUAUUGGACAACAAGCCAGCCGCUAACAAGAAGAGCGAUCUCAUCAGCGCCCCAAAGAAAGUGAUGGACGCCUCAAACCCUCAAAACGAAGCCAAAUUGGAAGAAAUUUUGAAAGAGCUCAGAUCGCUAAAAGACACAAUCGCUCAUCAGGACGAACGCAUUUCCAAAUUAGAACAGCAGGUGGCGAAGAUGGCCGUCUGAGAGCCGAGCGGGGGGGCGGCGGGGGCAGGAAGCAGCACCCGGACUGACCGAGCCGCCUGCAGGGCUGCUGGCAGGGAAGGCGCGGCGUGGUCCCGGCCCGAACCUUCUCCUCCUAGCCGUGCGAGUGCCAGCGGAGUCUUUUUCAGCGAGCAAUCUUACGUCCUGAUGUCUUAGUGGCCAUUUCAGAACAGCCGUCGCAGCCUCUUCCCUCGCCUCGGUUCAUCGACUGGAGAGUCAGUCGUCCCACCUGUUCAGUAAGAUGCUGAGAUUCCUGUCGAACUUCCUACAAUUGGGGACCAAAAUUACUUUGUUUAAACACACACACACACACACACACACACCCUUGUUUUUUUACUUUCAGGUUGCCAAAAUCCAAAACUAUUGUCUUUUUUUUUUUUUUUCUUUUUAGCAUUUUUACAGUAUUUUGUGUUUUUAAUCUAAAGGGACAUUAUGUGCCAUUUGGGGAACAAAUAAGUUGUGUAUGCCUGUCUACCUUUGAACAACCGGUGCGGUCACCCCACCACUGCCGGGUCUGAAAGACCAAUUUUAAAAUUAUUUCUGCCCUCUGAUUUCUGGUCCCCUCAGAUCUCCGUGGAAUUGGGGGGGGGGGGCAGUCUGCUUUCCUAUCCGCUGCCAUUCCAGUUUCGCCAUCCAGGGAACUGAAUACCUUUUUCUCCAGAGCUUCAUCUCUAACAUCUGGGGAGCCCUUAUUCAAACAUCUGUUGCGCUUUGGUUUAAUCUUAAUAGUGUCAAAAAUUGGCAUGUUGUGAUUGCUGAUUUCUGGGUCUAUGUUUCCUGCAGAUGUCUGUUCUGUUUAUCACCCAGGUGUUACAAGGUUAUAAAAAAAAUAUGAAUUUGGGACAUUAAGGACAAAUGCACUAAAUUUUGCAAGCUGUUGGGGAGCGCUCUGAAAUCAUUUGCGCGCACUCUCUCCCGCUCUCUCUGCUCGCAGCUCUGCUGGCAUCAGAACCCUCAGAAUCCCAGUCCUGGUCCCAAAAGGGUCCUUGGUUGCUAGAGAGAUCCCAAGGAUUGCUCUGCUUGCCAGAGCAGCAGCCAGCCAGACAGCCUCCGGCGAUCCCCGGGAUGCAAGUAUGAGUCCGUGGCUUUGGGCCAAGUCAGAAGCAGCAGUUGGCCCAGCUGCCCAGCCCUCUUCUGCAGCAGCUCCAGCUCUGUUGCGAAUAGAAGCCUGCAGAACGUGCCACUCUGCAAAAAUGCUUCUGGCCUAAAUGUGGGUUGGCAGGGGAGAGGCCUCUAUCCCCCUCCAGCGGCCCUUACCGCUUCCACGCUGGGCGCAGAGAAGGAACUCUCCGUUCCUUCUUGCCGGAGGCUGCUGGUCUGAGACACCCCUCCCUUCCCGCCAACCUAGAAUCGGUCAUCUGCAGGAAAGCGGAAGUGGGAUUUUCCCCUUUCCCUCAGAGCUGGCUCCUGGCUUCACCAGCCCCUUUGCAUGCAAUCUGGGAGGCUUCAGGCCACUUACCAAGGUACCUGAUGCAACCGAGGGUAACCUUCCCAUCAGGGUGGAAGAGUUCUCUACCUGCCUUUUUUCCAGAGUCCAAAAGAGAUCUCUGUGGACAGAGGGGUGAAGCCCACCCGCCUGCCUCCCUGCCUGCCUCCCUCCAGUGCCAAAGGCAGAACUGGAUAUCCUCUUGCCAACGCCACACGCAGAGGCUUCUAAUCUUCCUGGGGCUCCCCUCUUGAUGCUUCUGGUCUCGCUCAGGAGUGAUUCCUCGGCAGUUCCCACAUGGUGAGAACCACGUGCCGUGGUGCUGUCCCCGGUGCUGGGAAGGGAAGAGAUUGCAAUCUUGGGGGAUGCGUUGGACACACCAGAGGCAAAACACCAGAAAGUGCCUGGGAAUGUGAUGCCGUAAAAAGGCAGAGACCUUUCAGGAAAGUCCCUCGUGGGCACAAGAAGCCUGUCAUGCAGCAUUGAACACAAGGAUUGUUGUGGACAGAUCUAGGCGCUUUAAAGGCUACUUCGUGGAUGAGUAUUUCUGACAUCAUUUUGCGGUUUUGCCCUUUUUCCCCUUUGGUCAGCCAGCAGCCUGCUUCUGCUUCUGCUUCUGUCUGACAGAUCUUUGCUCUGAGAAUGAUGCGCCUGCUGUGCUCAUCUCCCACAUGCCCGCACAUGCCCUUCCCUGGGUAGCUGCUGCACGGCCUCAUCAAAGACAAAGGCCCGCUGAGAAGAGCCACCUUUUCGUCCGCUGUUUUGGUAGGGUCCCUGCCGUGGCCGCUAAAAAAACAGAAAGGCUAGAACUUGGAUGUUGUGAUGCGUCCGUGUGGGAAAAGAUGUCAUGUGGACAGAUAAGAGAGAGUUUGCAGGAAAUGGGCUUGAGGCGACAGACCUAACAAGAUAAGAUAGUCAUAACAUAAUGAUGUGAGUGAGUGGGAAAGUUGAAGCACGUUGGUUGUGGUUAAUUUUGAGUUUGGGGGAGUCUGUAGGAGUCGGGCUGCCUUGUGCUUGAUGGCACUGAGGAGCGUUUGGAAGACGCAAGGGCGCUUUGCAUUCUUUCCCAUUACUGCAUUGCCAAACUAUAAGUUCUUCUAACUUGGCGUCUUCUAGAUGUAUUGUGACUGCAACUCCCAAGAUUCCCAGCCAGCCCCGCAGGAAUUCUGGGAAUCGCAGUCUCAAGCGCUUGAUGGGGAAAGCUAUUGCAUACCCAGGUCAGUUCCAGCUUUCGGAGAGCUUUGUGUUUACAAUCAGCAGAAGGCCGGAGACAGAAGGAACGAGAUACUUCUCUUUCAGGAUCCCAGAUUGUGAACCUUUCCUUUCUUGCCUCUUCCCCAACAGUACUAGUUUCCCCGGUGUGGUUUCUGUGUUUUCCCAAAGGGCAGGACGAAUGGAAGUCCCUCAGAAGCUUCUUGUGCAAUCGAUGUUUUAUCUAACAGAACGGGCAACGCUGAACCUGCAGCUUCUUGCUCCCUGAUAAAAGCCAGCCGUGGCUCCCGAGGGGGUGUGCUCAUCCAAGAACUCCCAUUGUGUCGUGUCCGAAUACUUGCUUCCAAUUUCAAACGAUUAAAAGAAAAUUGAUUACAAAACACA